GACGCAUGCAACCUACCAGGAUACAUUACCUAUAACUUCAGCGAUACAACAACAGCCGGGUUGAACAGCAGUUCCACCGUUCGGGUAGAAAUCGACGAUGCCUAUUGGUUGUAAAUAUCCUAACACUCCGCCGCAGGAAUGAAUAACAUCGACAAAUAACGCAUCCGUAGAAUCCAAUCGGGUUUUGUCAGUAGUGAGCAAAUGGAAUCCUGGCAAAGCAGGAUCCAAUCCGGUUAUCCUUCCCAGGCGGCCCGACUUCACUGAACUUCCGGUGUUCCCGGCAACGUGCGCUCCGAGAGAGUGUCCUUAAUUUAAUUAUAGUCAAUUUUCAGACCGGUUUUCGCACCUAGGAAAUCAAUGAAUUCCGCAGCCGCUAAUCCUACCUUUUCCGUGUUCCGCAUUGGCCCAAGAUAAAACGUGCUCGCAGCCAGCGGUUGCCAGUCCACCAUAAUGACAUUGUAAUCGUCGUAGCUUAAAUACGCUGUGGAUUAUAAAAAUGAAAAUAUGGAAUCAGGCUUACUGACGAGGUAGCGGUUUUGAAAGUAUUAGUAAAAUUAGUCUGUAUACCGUCUUUCAUAUGGAUGAGACCAUCGCUCAUCGAGCUCGAUUUCCAUCCGUGUGUUAUAAAUUUCGUUACUCGGGAUGGAUUCAAGGUGGACUUGCUAAGUCCCACGGUAUCGUUCGUGUACAGCUGAGUACCAUUAAUCGGACCAUCUCUUAAAACACACAACAUUAUGCUUCAAUAAGAAACACCUGAUACUUUUGAACGAGAUACCACAUAACAUUACCGGGUGUAAAGAAAGUAGGAAACCUGUGACUCGUCGAAAAUGCCUCGCAUGUCGGUUUCCGUGUGUUUCAGUACUGCUACUUGCGGUUUCCCGUUUCCAUCGGGCAUGAAAAUCCAGUCUUCUCCGUAGCCGUCGUACUUUUCUCGCAGACCACUGUUCCACGUUGUUUUACAUAUCGCGUAAUCGUAAAAACUAAUAAACAGGACCGUGAGCAGUGCGUAUUUACUUGUUAAAAUCAUAUUGUUACUCGUGAGAAAUACGAAGCUUUGCAUGGGAACCGUUACGAAGUUGAGAAAUGACACUAAAGCAAUUACAAGAGAAUUUGAAGACUCGGUUAGGAACUCGUUACGGUAAUAUCCACGGGGUCCUAUCGCUCGUCUUAAUCGCUUAGCGAAGACUGCAGGGUGGAAGCUUCUUAUAAACCCCGAGAAUGUCACGAUGGACGUUUGAGCGAGCCCUCUCACGGCCCAGUUUCUUUUUGUUUAUCUUAAACACCGUAUCGUACAUGCGGAAAUACUGUCAAGUGGUUGCACGACGGUGCCUUAAGCAUUGUAAUCGUAUUCAAAGAGGUGCAGGUUUUUGCCCAAUUAACUGACCAGGUACACCGGAUAUCUUCCUAUCGCGCGAAACUAAAUAGUAACGUGUACACUUUAUUAAAGGGGACUGUCGCCACGCUGAUAACUUUCUUUUCCCUUUUUAACGAAAUUGUCGAGGUAAUCACGGGUUGGCAUAAAGAAGCAAUUUUAUAUGAACAUAGAAUAUAUUAUCACACAUUGUCAUACAACACACGUUUUACCGAUACACGUCGAGAUUGCUGACUUAUUCCGUCUAGCGAUGUAACGUACCCUAUAUACGUUUCGAGCUUAAUGACUUUAUUCUAAUGUCCCCUGUACAAACGUGUUAGUAGAGAGUAAUUCACAUCGAUAUGCGAAGCUCAUCCAUACGUGAUUAUUAAAAAGAUAGUGGAUGUCACGUUAUACCAUUUGGCCUUUUUGUUGGAUGAUUCUGCAAAAGUGUACGAUAUGCGUGAAAUUAGUUUGUUUUACAAUCUAUACAGAUAUGGAAAUCAAGAAUAAUUACCGACCAUUCGGUAAUGAGUUUCUUCCAAAUUCACCAUCGCCAAAACAUCCAACUAACGGAACUUCUGGAAAAUAUUUUUUGAAUAUAGUCGAUUCCACAUUGCACUCGUCGAACAUAUAUUCCCCGCGUGCACAGCAUGCGAACAUAAAUCCCAUGGAAUGCUUUUUUAAACGGACACGGCUCCUAAAUGAUUUUAUCCGUUGCUCCACGCAUUCUUUAGUUUUAUAAUUUUUCCCGACGAUCAUUGACCAAGAAUCGAUUGCUCCAGUCAGAGUAAUUCCAACGCAAAAUGCAAAUUCUCCGCAUCUGUCGUUCUUGCUGUCCUUUGCAUUGCAAACUAAGACAUCUUUAGCUAUUCCACCCCAUACGGAAAGUUCAUCCAUUGGAUAACUGUAUUUAAAAAAUAUUACAUACGUUUUACUGUGUCUAAGUAUUAAUUAUAUGAUAUUAAUAUUAAAAUCCUUAGGACUAUUACCAUUUCUUCAAAGAAUUUGCUAGUUUUAUUGCCAAAUUACGACCUCUCAAGUCACAGAACAGUAACAAACAUUUAGAUCUACUAGAAUCCUUUUCCGACGUGGUUAAAACCUUUUUAAUCUCUUCACUGUAGUUCUCAACAGACACCGACAAAUCAUUCUUCGUUGUAGAAUUAUCCCCAAUUACAAAUGUUUUAAUCGUCACAUCCGGUAUCUUUGGUAAAAAUGCGCAUACAAUAUUUUCUAGGUUUCCCUCGAUUUCUUUAUUAUUAAAGACAACUCCAUGGGUGCCCAAUGUCACAGUAUCACAAUUCGGGGGAAGUACCUUACAAUGGCAGUCUAAAGGACACAGUCGUUAAUAGUAAAACGCUAAAUACAUGUAAAAAGUCGAUACUAAUCAUAGUAAAUAUUAAAUGUAGUAUACCUGAUUGGCUAAAUGGUACAGAAGGUGCUGUAAAAAAUAAUCCUAGAGCAGGCUUUAUUUGUAAUUUUUUAACGCUUUGCGCUUUAAAACGUUCCAUGCUCCAUUUCUGAUUGGGUAAAAGUUUACAAUCCUGUAUGAAAUAGGUAGGGCCUCUAGUUCGUAUUUCGUCAUUUGCCGCCUCUAACCAGGAUCUGCAAUAUAAAGCGCUACGUGCUAGCGCAACUUUACGAAGCCUCUAGGAAAACGAGCCGUGAAAUUUCAUAAUAUGUGCAGAAGGCACACGAUUAGAGCAGCUCGGGGCUUCUUCAUUUCUUAGGAGCCGACCUUUCCCAGGGGGAAUCAUGAAAAAUGAGCUUUUUCCUUCGCUUUAACAUAGAACAAAACACAAUGCAUAAAUGGGGUAAUCGAGCUCGCACCUGCAAACCAUUGAGGCCCUUGACAAUUCCACUCCAUUCAAUUCUUUAAAUACAAUUCUUAAAAUGUCGUAGGUUAAGGGUCCGUUCGUCUGUUUCUCGUCAACUUUGCCGCUGCCCGCGGUGUCCGAUUUGCCAGUGCCAUUCCCUCGAAUCUUCUUUCGCGGUAAAUCCUCCAUUUAUGCGACCGUUUAAAUUUGACAAUGUCCACUACGGUUUUCAAACGAUAUAUUUAUCACAUGAGCCAGCUCAAAAAGUUGCCACAGUGAUUGCUGUCGCACGGUGUCUGCUUGUGUCACGGAUAACCAUCGUAAACAGAUCACCGCUGUCUCUACUCGUUUUCUCCUCUCCUCGAUUUCGAUUUCUCAUUAAAAUUAUUACUCUUUCGUCCUACAACUGUUGGCAACGAUAACAACAAUGAAAGAUCACGGUCAUUGGAAGCUUACACGCCUCUGGAAAUCAUUGAAUUUUAACGAUGAAUCAUUAAGUUUUCAUAGAAACUCUACCAGAGAUGCUAAUGGCCUUCUGCGAACGAAAGAAAUAAGGUUCGUGUGAUGGUGAACGCCGCUGCGUAUCCGAAUGAUGACAUCACGUUAACAGUCGUGGAAAGUUCGAAUGUAAAUGUGUUUCUGAUCGAACAAUUAUUUUUACUGAGAUCUAAUGGAGAUUGAAACUAAAGAGAGCGUUUUACCUGAUGAUACUCACGGUCUUUGCCGUAUUUGUCUUACAGCGAAUCACAAUAACCAAUAUAUUUUCGGAGCUGCUAGAAAUGAUUCAGAUGGUACGGACACGUACGACUUGUCUGAUAAAUUUCGUUUAUGUAGUGGUGUGGAGAUGAUGGAGAAUGAUGGUUUACCUGCCACUAUCUGUAUAGAAUGUGUGGUUAAAGUGAAUGAAGCAUACAAAUUAAGAAAACAAUGUCAGCGAUCAGAUGCACAGUUAAGGGAGCUAUAUGGAAAGUUGAAAACAUUUUAUAAUAACACUAGAUUGAAGGUGACCAAGGAUCAGUACUGUCAAACGGACUAUACUUUUAAUUCUGGUUUUGUUAAAAUAGAGGCAAAUAUACUUUCUGUAAUUGAUCAGAAUGCACCUUCAAUCGGGGAUUGUGAGAAAGAUCAUAAAACAAUUAAUGAAUCUAAUUGUAUAGAAUACGAUGAUAUCAAUAGCCACCUAAAUAAUAGUUGUAUUAAACGGAUUGCAGCUGUAUGUGAGAAGAACACUACUGGAAGGGAAGCUUAUAGAACGAGAAGGACAACUAUGUUCAAAAGAGUAACUUCUAUGGAGAACUUAAGAAACCAUAAAGAGAGACAAAGACAGUACAUAAAAAAGAAUGCAAAGCGAGAUAUCAUAGAAAAUGAUCAUACAGAAAAUAUUAGGGACACAGUCUCUAAAAAUUCUUAUGCUUGCCUGAAAUGUUCUAGGUGUUACUCCAGUAAGAAAUCCCUAGAUAGACAUAUAGCAACUCACGAUGAAAAGAAAUUUACAUGUGAUAAAUGUAAUAAACAAUUUUUGCAACUUAAUGAUUUGAUGAAGCAUAAUAAAUUGCACAAAGCUAAGGAAAAAGUUAAACCAGUAUUAUGUAGCAUAUGUAAUAAGAGUUUUAAGAAAACUGAUACUAUGGUCAGACAUUUAAAUGUCCACAAAAGGGCCAAUCCAAAAGAAGUUCUUUCUAUCUUGAAAGAAAUUAGGGACAAAAGAAAAUUAGAAAAUAUUAGUGAAGAAACAAUUACUGAAAUUAAUGAUAGUAGAAAAGAGCAAAAGGAUGGUUAUGUAAAUAGUGAAAGUAGAGCAUCGGACGUGAUUAAGAAAUAUACAUUAAGCUCUGAAUACAGAGAUCCUAAUUGUCAUAUGUUAAAUGCCAAUAUCGACGCAAAAAUUGACACUUUCGAUAAUGCGGCGCUUCAUCGUUGUAAAUACUGCAAUAAAUGUUAUCCUACGGAUAAAUUACUUCAGAACCAUUUACUGAGUCACAGUGGGAAAAAAUUCCUUUGUAACGUUUGCAAUAUGAAAUUUUUCCGGCAAGAUAGAUUAGAAAGUCAUAAAAAGCGUUACGGACACAACGAGGACGAAAAAAGUUUGGAAAUCCAAAAACCAUCUGAUGACAAAUCAGCUAUUAAAUUAAUAAACAGUUGGAUACGAGAAGAACUUGAUUCGGAUAACGAAGAGAAGGGUUUCCCCUGUAAAAUAUGUGGAAAGUCGUAUGAUACUAAAAGAUCUCUUUCGAAACAUCAGCUGAAUGCGCACAAUUCAAAACAAGAAGGAUGUAUAAACUGCGGUGAUAAUUGUACUUGCAACGACAAAGAUAAAGAUCAGCAAAAAGCGAGUAAAAUACUGAAGCCGUAUCAUUGCGAAGAAUGUAACAAGUCCUUUGAGAAAGAAGUGAAGCUACAGAGACACGCAAGGAUUCAUGAACGCGCCAAAGAGCAGGAAGACGCAAACUUUAAACGAUACUUAUGUCACAUAUGCAGCAAAACGUUUCGACAAAAUACUGGUUUGAUGUUCCACAUGAGAACACACACCGGUUACAAGCCGCACGUUUGCAAGUACUGCGGUCGAGGAUUCACAUCGAACUCGAAUUGUAUUAAUCAUGAAAGGACUCACACCGGUGACAGACCAUUCGUAUGCCACUUUUGCAGUGCAGCUUUCGCCAAGUCGUGUACCCUUAAAGCGCAUAUCACAACGCACACCGGAGAGGCAAAUUACCAUUGCAAAACAUGCGGGAAAUCGUUUAGAAGGCUGAAAUACUUGAAGGAGCACAGAUUCACUCAUACCGGGGAAAAACCGUACGCUUGUAAAAUCUGCGGUACAGCGUACAGCCAUAAUGGUAGUCUGUUCGUUCACGAGAAGAAAUGUAGAGCGCAGUAUCAGAAUGCACAAAACUAUUGUCAGUCGGAGACAUCCUCGCCGAGCGUGACUCCGAUUAUAACAAUCUUACCCCAAACACAUUUGAAUGAAAUUAUUGUCCCGUUAAACAUUCAAGACGGCAAAACUUAUGUGAACGAUAUGCAGAGAAUAAAUUCUCCAAGUAUAGACAGCGUAAGUCCUGUUACCACUCCGGACUUACAUGUGCAUCAAAAUUCUGAUAACUCUGACGUCUCUCUGUCUGUAAAAAACUUUGCUCUUAUCGGGCACAUGUUUCAAUCGUAGGAUAUCGUAAAAAAAAAGAAAAAGUAAUCAACGUGGAGGUAUUUCUGUGAUAAAUCGUGCGGAAUUGUUUCGGCUACUUCGCAGUUUAAAAGAAAGAAAAUAACAAUUUUUCAAUAUAUGUUAUUGAAUUAACAAGUAUUACAACUUGUAUAUUGUUUGUUUUUUUAUAUAUUAUAGAAUGAGGUGGACUGGGUCUAUUUUAUGACUAUUUUGCUUGAAUUCGUAUAAUAUAGCAUGAGUAAUAGUGUCAAAUAUUAUCACUGUAU